AGACUUGAACAGCCUCCAAAAGCCGUGUAAAACAUGGCAGAGGACUCGAAAGAAAUCCAGACGGUGCCUCGAACAAAAUCAAGUCUAUGGAGAAUGGGUAUCUCGCUCGGAGGUCUGAAACACACCCUGAUAACUCAACGGCGACAGUCCACGCGUAUCAUCACAGAUAUGGUGCACAACAUUGAUCACGUUAUAGAAGGCGAUGGUAAUAUGCUGGCUUCUACCUUGCAUUGGUUCGAGAAAGCAACGCACAUCAAUCGUAGAUACUUGAUCGUUGCUGUGUUCCUGUUUGCUGUGAGUUACCUCUCCUUGGGCCGCAAUGCUGGCACCUUGUGCAACAUAUUGGGAAUGAUUUACCCUAUCUAUGCUUCGAUCAAAGCUUCAGAAAAGUGCUGUAACCAGCAAAGGGAACAUUGGCUUCGAUACUGGAUCGUCUACAGUAUCAUUAAUGUUCUUGAAAUAGCGUUGGAGAUGUUCCUGGUUUGGCUUCCAAUGUAUUACCUGCUGAAGUUCAUAUUUCUGGCCUGGUGCAUGGCUCCCAUCACAGCCAAUGGCUCUCACGUUAUGUACGCGAGCAUUAUAAGACCCUUGUUUCACGAGCACAAUGAGAAAGUUGAAAGUGCCCUGUCUGCUGUGACACAACACUUGACCGCAGAGAAAGAAGUUCCCAUGUCGUUUCGAGAAGCUCUGAACAACGAUGCCGGUGAAGGAUUACACCAACGCUCCCUUUCUGCCGCGGAACAAGAGGACGAAUGACGGACACAAAAAUUGGUAGAAUAUUACCGAAAUUUGAGAUAAGUGGACCGAAGAUGCGCAAAAACAACUAGAAGAUAAGGCAAAACACAUUAAAUGGCUCUUGCGUUUUGAGAUAAGGUUUCAAUUUGUAAAUCACCACAAUUUCAAAACAUCCAACCAGAAUUGUGGCAUUUCAGUGAAAGUCGCUUUCUGCAACGAAAAAAAUAAAUGCUCUCAAAAUGGCAUUGAAACGUUUUUAUU